AUGCGAACCGAGCUGAGUCAGCAGUCGACCAAGAUCAGCAUCAUGCUGGCCAUCGAUGUCGUCUUCUUCAUUGUCGAACUCGGCACCGGCUUCUGGGUCCACUCCCUCGCCCUCAUGGCCGACGCCUUCCACAUGCUCAACGACAUCAUCUCGCUCGUCAUCGGCCUCUGGGCCGUCAAGGCCGCAAAGAACCCCAGCACCGACCGCUACUCGUACGGCUGGCUGCGCGCAGAGAUCCUCGGUGCCUUCUUCAAUGCCGUCUUCCUCAUCGCCCUCUGCGUCUCCAUCAUCCUCGAGGCCAUCACCCGUCUGGUUGAGCCGCCGGAGAUUACCAACCCCGAGCUCAUCCUGAUUGUGGGCUGCUUCGGCCUCGCGUCGAACCUGGUUGGCUUCCUUGUUCUCGGUGGCCACGGACACGACCACGGCCCCGGCGGUCACGAUCACGACCAUGACCACGAACACGGGCACGAGCAUGCCGCCCAUGACCACGACCAUGCCAAGGUUCCCCGCGAUCCCGUCUCCGCCGCUGAAGAGGGGCGCGGAUACAGCUCGGCAGCUUUCGCAGACGACAGCGGCCCGGCCAUGGAUGUCCUCCCGCACGUCGCGCUCGCCAGGGCCCAGGCCGAGGCGUCCGCCGUGUCGUCCAGCAUCGCCCAGCAAAAGGCCGUCAACGCGUCUCGCAAGGCCUCUGGAUCUAAGAGCAGAGAGCGCCGCCGCGCAGGCAGUACUAAGCAUAGCCGCCUGACCAGCAUCGAUGACCUCAGCAUCCACCCGUCCAGCUUCCGCCAGGAGAUCCUGGAGCACAGCCUGUCCAACCCGCACCUGCCCGAGCCCGACAGCGAAGACGACUCGACUGUCCACUCCCAGAUUUCAGAGGAGGAUUCCAACGUCGACGAGAGCUCGUCACUCAUCAAGAACGGCAGUGGCAACAACCACGGUGCCAUUUCGCACAGCCACUCUGGCAAGGGCAGCAGCAGCCACCACUCGCACUCGGUAUCCGGCCGGUCAAGACGCGACUCGGGCGUCCACACGGAGCACAACCACAACAAGCCCAAGGACAAGCGGAAGAAGAGCCUCGGCCACGACCACGGCGACAUGGGCAUGAACGCCAUGGUUCUGCACGUCAUCGGCGACGCCCUCGGCAACGUUGGCGUCAUCAUCACUGCUCUCAUCAUCUGGCUCACCGACCUGCCUGGCAAGUUCUACGCGGACCCGGCCGUCUCCCUCUUCAUCACCGCCAUCAUCCUCCGGUCUGCCAUCCCCCUUACCAAGGCCACGUCCAAGGUGCUGCUCCAGGCCACUCCUGACCACAUCGACCUCCGCGACAUCAAGGACGACAUCCAGAACCUGCCUGGCGUCAUCAGCUGCCACCACGUCCACAUCUGGCAGCUGUCCGACACCAAGGUCGUCGCAUCCAUGCAUGUCCAGAUCGAAUUCCCCAUCACGGAGGACGGCGGCGAGAAGUACAUGAAGCUCGCCCGGCAGGCGCGCAAGUGUCUGCACGCUUACGGCAUCCACAGCGCCACGAUCCAGCCCGAGUUCUGCGUCGAUGAGAGCUGCAAACACAGCGACGACGGCCUCGCCUCUACGUCUGCAGCCGGCGAGACUCCGCAGGUCAAGUGCGGUGCUGGUGCCGUCGAGGGUGUCGGCGACCCCGAGUCAUGCCUCCUCGAAUGCGUCGACAACUGCGCCGGUGACGGCUGCUGCCCAACGUCAAAGUCCAAGAUGGACGGCAGCCGGAGAUCGAGCUCCUCGGCGACUGCGCACGACCACGAGCACGGCGAUCACGACGGGCACGACCACGGAGACCACGGCCACAGCCAUGACCACUAG